AUGAUAGUAGUUCGUGUGCAAGAUGAAACUGGUUCUUCUUUGUUCGUAUUGUUUGAAUGUCAUGUAAAAGAUCAUAUUCAUCGUGGAAACCAAUGGUUGAUGGAAAAAAUAGCUAAGGAUCAAGGACGCCAACAGAUACCUGAUGAAUUCAAAAUCCUUAUAAAUAAGAAGUUUAUCUUUAAAGUUCAGAUAUCCAUGUUCAAUCUAAAAAAACAACUAUCAUGUUUACACGUGCAGAAGUUGACUGAUGAUGAAAUGGUUCUUGUUGAGGUUUUUAAACGGUCACCAAAUCAUGAACACUAUAUUCUAAAUGAUAAUGAUACUCCUAUUAACAAGCCAAAUAAGGAUACUACUGAUUAUGUGCAUGAUGACAAUCUUGAUAUUGUUGGCCUUGAAGCUUUAACACUGUCAUCCAGUACGGGGAAGCGCCCAAUAAGUAAUGAUGCUAACACUUAUUCUUUGGAGUGGUCUUCUUCAAAAAAUGGUGUUAUUCCUGCUAACUUAAAGAUACCAAAGUUGGAAAAGUUUGACGAAUAUGAAGCCAACCAGCAACAUUUUACAUUUCAUCUUCAAUAUGUUUAG